AUGUACGAAAAAAAGGCACUGGAACUUCAAGGAUAUCAUAUCUCAAUCGUUGAUUUAAAUCGAAUUAUCACUAGUCUUCUUAUCAAACUCAACGAUCGAUUGCAACAUAAUUAUUUUGGCUAUCAAACGAAAAAAUUGUUGAAUUCAUUGGUCGAUUCAGAACGAGAAAAACUGAAUCAGUCAUUCAUUGAUUAUAUUUCAACUUUAAUCAAAUACAUUGAGAAGUUUUACAGCGAGCAGAAGGAGUUAGCAGAAUUGACAGCAAUUUUUGGAUUUUGCGACCUUAAUCAAAUUAAAUUUCAUCAAAUUGAAAAAUGCAUUGAUUUUCUCCGGAUGGAUAUUGAUCGUGAUAAACUAUUCGAUGAAAUGAGUAUUUUACAAUCGAAAUUCAAAGAAUUGAACUCAUACCGUGAGUCAUUGAGUCGUCAAAUUAGCCAAUAUAUCAAUAAUGAUGCUCGUAGUGUUUAUGAAGAAUUCAACAAUGACUUAUGCAACGAGUCCCAUGAUGAAGAUAAUCUCAUUCACAAACCGACGACCGAAAAUCAUGAAAGAGAAAUGGAAUUUCGGUCUGAUCAAUUUUGGUCUUUUCUUCUUGCAAAGUCGAAACCAAUGUGUAUUGAAAUGCACAAAAUUAUUUCUUAUGUGUACUCAAUUCCUUGCUCGAAUGCAUUUGUCGAAGGCGUUUUUAGUCAUAUGAAAAGCGCAUGGACAGCCAGUCGCAAUUCGAUGGUGAAUGAAACGAUAGCUGCUGAAUUGAAAAUCAGAUUGAAUAGUACUAUGGCAUGUGAAGAUUUUUUUUCUUUUGCUCA